UCAUUACUUUAUUCAAUAAAGUUAAUGAGAACGUUCCAUUAAUACCAGUGCCUACUGGAUUUCAAUGACACCGAUAAGUCUUUGUGAUUAAUUGGUCAUAUUUAUUUUUUAAUUGAUUCGCUCAUCGAAAUAUGUUAGUAAAUGAAAUUAUUGGUUCUUUUGGUAAAUAUCAUUAUAUAUUAUGUUUUAUAGUAUUUGUAAAUAAAGUCGGUGUUGCUUUUCAACAAAUGUCUAUAAUAUUUUUGGCUCCACCGGUGCGUUAUCACUGUCCAGAUAGUAAUGCUACUUGUUGUGAUAAUCCAAUCUAUGACAGAAGUAAAUAUACAAGAACGAUCAUCACGGAAUGGAAUCUAAUUUGUGAUAGAGAUUGGCUGAAAGAUCUGACGCAAACGGCUUUUCAGUUCGGAGUUCUUAUCGGGAGUUUAGUAUUCGGAAUAUUAUCUGAUAAGUAAGUUUUAGCAACUCUAUCCUCGUGGUUUAUAAAUUAUAAUGUAGUACGUUUAAUUCUCGGCACUU